AUGGGCGUGUCCGACCCCGAAUGUGAUAAAGUCAGUGGGAGAAGUUUCACUGCCUCUGCCCUUCGUAACUUGCUCCCUGCCGCAAGUUCUGAGACUGUCCCUGACCUUAUUAUCCACCAUAGUGGUAAUGCAGUUCCCGAGUACAAGAAUCCCUCAUAUUUUCCAGGCAUGUACCCUACACUCUUCCCUUAUGGCAUCGGAGGAUUUGAGAUCAAAUCACGACCCACCGCACUUGCAUUCCAUCGGCAGGCACAGUACUGUCUGUCUAUAUCAGAUCGCAGUUUUCGGUAUCACAAUUCCUUCCUCUUUGUGGUGUUAAACAUCUUACAACGACGCCAAGCACAUCUCCAGACGCAUUUCUCUGUUAGUAAAUCUAAUUUUGACAGUGUUGCUCGUAGUCUGACCAGUGUCUCUGCUUCCACUCUGCAGCGCCUUGCAUCUCAACUCGAACGGGAGUGCAAGCUGUCCAACCUCACGUCCGAAGAGAAGACUGCCCUCGCCCUCCUGCAGCAGGUCAAUACGUUAUCUGCUCGGAUUCCGGGCUCACAGGCCUCUAAGAUAUUCGUCAGGAAUGAAAUACGCAACUAUUUUGGAUAUUUUGGCCUACCGCAUAUUUUUUUCACUUUCAAUCCAUGUGCUGCUCACAGCCCAAUAUUUCAGGUCAUAUAUGGUGACAAAUCUGUUGAUCUGUCCUCGCGCUUUCCAACUAUGCCCACAGGUCCUGAACGUGCUGCUCGUCUAGCACGAGAUCCUGUUGCAGCUGCAGAUUUUUUCGAGUUCUCGUUUAAAUGCCUGUUUCGUGACCUUUUUGGUUGGGAUUUUGAUCAUGAGCGAUCCAGUGAGUCAGGUGGCAUUCUUGGCCGCAUACGAGCGUUUUAUGGAACGACAGAG